CCGAGAUGAGUCAACGCGGUAGUUCAAAUCGUGGUUCAAGUGAGCCUAGGGGCCAAACUUAUCAGUAUGGUGGUUCAACCUCUCGUUUGUCUCAAAAACGACAGAAUACAAGUGAUGAAAAUGUUUAUUGUACCUGUGCAACUAAUGAAGAUGCUUUGCUAAAUAUUCAUCUUAAUGGCCGUCAUUCACUUUCCGUGCAAUUUGGAGAAGAUGAGGAAGGGAAGUUAUUAAUUCAUUUAAAUGGACAGCAGAUAUUUUUGGGGGAGGAUGAGUGGAAACGGACAGAUUCGCUUUGUUCUCCUAUGGCAUACAUUGAGGAAGCUGAACGCUGCAUGGAAGAGGAUCCCUCGAAUGAGAUACGAGCGAGCGAUAAAUGCUGGGCUUCCUUGGGUGCAACCGUUGCUCUCUUUUAUAAGGACUUAAGUGUUGUUGUUCAAGAUGGAUCGUCGAAUAAAACAUUACAUGGACUCAACUUGAAGACACAUAAGGCUAUGAUAACUAUGGCGCGUUUUGCCGCUAAUUUUAGUUCAAAGCGUGCUAGUCUUGGAGGAGUAAUUGAAAGCGUUAAGUAUGCACGCUUUAACGAUCACAGAGAGACGCUGGACACUUAUGAAAUAUGGAAAAUAAUUGAGAGAAUGAAGUUUUUUAUUGAAGAAUUUGGUGAAAUCGACAAGAAAGAGGUUGAAAAAGAACUUGCUCCGCUUAUAAAUUCUGGCAAAUAUAAGAAGGUUAUUUUUCUUAAGGAGACGAAAUCUGAUUUGAUUUGUGGUACUCGUUAUAAUUUUGACAUUCAAGUUGAAUAUGUUAAGAAAAAUGAGAAAAUUCUAUCUCCCAAAUUAUAG